GAGACGUGCCCCUGCCCGCGGCUCCGCGGGGCCCGGCCGCACGGCACCAGCGUCCCGCCGCCAGCUGCCUCGCCUGGGCCGGCUCCCGGUACCGCAGCUUCGACGGGAGGCACUUCCACUUCCAGGGCGAGUGCGCCUACAGCCUGGCCGCCUCCGCAGAUGGCACCUGGGCUGUCACCAUCGCCAUGGGCAGCCCGCAGGCUCUGCACAUGGUGUUUGGGCUGGACACGGUGGUGGCACGGGGCCGGAACGUCUCCGUGAACGGCGUGGUGGUGCCGGAGGGACAGCCCCACCUGCACAGCGGGAUCAGCGUCACCUGGCUCGGGGACUUUGUGGCCGUGGCGAGCGGGCUGGGCGUGCGCGUGAAGGCGGACGGGCGCGGGACGAGCUACGUGAUGGUCAGCGCUGAGCUGCGGGGCAGCACGCGGGGGCUCUGCGGCCCCUACAACGACGACCCCGCCGAUGAUUUCCUGCGGGUCGGGGGGGACGUGGCUCCAUUUGCCGCCAGCUUUGGGAACUCCUGGAGGAUCCCCGAUGCCAGCUCCAAGCUCUCUUGCAGGGACGCGGUGGAGCCCGGCCCAGGCUGUGCAGCAGGCACUGCAGCACGGCAGGCGGCCGAGGCUGUCUGCGGGGAGCUGCUCGCCGAGCCCUUCAGCCAGUGCCACGGCGCGGUCGAGCCCCGCGGCUUCUACGAGGCCUGCCUGGAUGUGCACUGCCGGGAGGGGGGCGCGGGGCCCUCACCGCCCCCCGCCGUCUGCGACACCUUCGCGGGCUACGUGCGGGACUGCGCCCAGCGGCAAGCCUACAUCGACUGGCGCCGACCGGGCUUCUGCGAGCGGCAGUGCGGCCGCGGGCAGCGGUACUCGGACUGCGUGUCCUCCUGCCCCGCCAGCUGCGCGGCCGCGGGCGCCGCCGAGGAGGGGCACUGCCGGGACGACUGCGCCAGCGGCUGCGAGUGCGCCCCGGGGCUGUACCUGGCCGGGGGGGACUGCGUCCCCCAGAGCGCCUGCCCCUGCCACCACGGCCGCCGGCAGUACGCCCCGGGGCAGAGCAUCCGCCAGCGCUGCAACCGGUGCACGUGCCGGGGGGGCCGCUGGCUCUGCACCCAGGACCGGUGCGCGGCGGAGUGCGCGGUGCUGGGGGACCUGCACUACGUCACCUUCGACCACCGGCACUUCUCCUUCCCGGGCGCCUGCGAGUACAUCCUGGUGCAGGACUUCGUGGAGGGGACGCUGCUGAUCACGGCGGAGCAGGAGGCGUGUGGCGGCCGCCAGCCCCGCAGCUGCCUCCGUGCGCUCUCCGUCACCGUGCGGGGCUCCUCGGCCCGGCUGCGCAGCACAG